AUGGUGCACAACGGGAUAGAGUAUGGAGACAUGCAGCUCAUCUGCGAGGCAUACCAGCUCAUGAAGGACACCCUCGGAAUGAACACCGAUGACAUGGCCAAGGUGUUUGAAGAGUGGAACAAGGGAGAGUUGGAUUCCUUCCUGAUUGAGAUCACGGCUGGCAUCAUAGCCUUCAAGGACACGGACGGCUUGCCUCUCGUGGAGAAGAUCAGGGAUUCCGCCGGGCAGAAGGGGACCGGGAAAUGGACCGCCAUUUCUGCUCUCGACAAGGGGAUGCCUGUCACCCUGAUCGGUGAGCCGAAACUCUAA